AAAUGUCGGAUGAGUUAUGUUUUGAACUGGUAACAAAUGUUUGAAUUAUUGUAAAAAAUGGAUAAAAAGCCUGUUGCAGCGCCAUCUGAGGAGGAGAUUGACUGGGGAGGAAGUGGAGCAGGUGGGAGUACGCAUAUUAAGGUCACAACUUUAUUAAAAAGUGUACACACUGGUCUUCCUAAUCCUUCAGAUGCUGCAAAAUGUUCCCUGAUAAAAGGAGAAUAUCUGUACUUUCAUUAUGGCUGUGAUGGACAGGAUGACAGAGGUUGGGGAUGUGGCUACAGGACUGUUCAAACGCUGGCUUCCUGGCUUUGCCAUAACUGCUCUCUAUCCAAGAACCACAGAAGGCCUGUACCCAGCCUCCCAGAAAUCCAGCAAGCUUUGGUAACAAUGGGGGACAAGGCUGGCUCUUUCUCAGGCUCCAGGGAGUGGAUAGGAACAUUUGAAGCCUCCCUAGUCCUCGACUAUUUCUAUGAUGUUCCCUGCAAGCUGGUGCAUGUUAGAGGCGGAGGGGCCGAGCUGGAGCAUGUUGCAGUGGCUGAGCUCCAUCAGCACUUUGAGAAGCAUGGCUCUCCAGUGAUGAUGGGAGGAGACAGGGAUAACGCCUCAAAGGGAAUAUUAGGGGUAUGGAGUGGGGAUAAAGGAAACUACUUGCUGGUUCUCGACCCUCACUACUAUGGAUGUCAGCUGGAGAGGACAGAGCUGCAGAGGAGAGGGUGGGUGGCGUGGAAAAGAGUUUCAUCUCUGGAUCAGUCUUCAUUUUAUAAUCUGUGUAUGCCUCAGACUGCAAGGCUGCUAAAUGUGUUUUAGGCUGUCAGUGUACAUGUUUCAAAAGGAGCUGUACUGCCAUCCUGUGGUUAAACUCUUUAUUUGAAGACUAAAAUGUUGGCAGCUUCAUUAAGAUUAGUAGUAGCACUCUGAAUAUGUUGUGAGCUUCUUAUGGAAAUUUGGGAAUCAGUUCAUUUCUUGAUUAAAAAUUCAAACCGUGACUUCUCGAGUGUGAAAAUUUGUUCUCCUGCUUAUCUACUUUUUCUGUUUUUGUUAAAAGCAUUUUUGAACUGCUACAGACAUACGGAGCCCCUGAUGUCUGCUCAUUUUAAUUUUUCAU